CGCCGGGCCGGGCGAGGCGGGGGCGGUCAUGGCGGCAGGCGGGGAGGAGGGCUGCGAGCACUACCGGCGUGGCUGUCUGCUACGGGCGCCGUGCUGUGGGAAGCUGUACGCCUGCCGGCUGUGCCACGACGCCGCCGAAGAGCACCGGCUGGACCGCUUCCGUGUGACCGAGGUGCAGUGCACCCGCUGCCGCCUCCUCCAGAAGGCCCAGCAGCGCUGCGAGGGCUGCCACAGCCUCUUCGGCGAGUAUUACUGCGGUAUCUGCCAUCUCUUCGACCGCGACAAGAAGCAGUACCACUGUGCCGAGUGCGGCAUUUGCAGGAUUGGUCCAAAGGAGGAUUUUUUCCACUGUUCAAAAUGCAAUUUAUGCUUAAGCUUGAGUCUUCGAGGAAAGCACAAGUGUAUUGAAAACGUCUCCAGGCAGGACUGUCCGAUAUGUUUGGAGGAUAUUCACACAUCUCGUGUCGGAGCUCACGUUCUGCCGUGCGGUCACCUUCUUCACAGAACAUGUUACGAAGACAUGCUAAAGGAAGGUUACAGGUGUCCUUUGUGCAUGCACUCGGCUUUAGAUAUGACGAGGUACUGGCGUCAGCUGGAUGACGAAGUAGCGCAGACUCCUAUGCCCACAGAGUAUCAGAACAUGAUGGUGGAGAUCCUUUGCAAUGACUGCAACGCCCGGUCUACGGUGCAGUUCCAUCUCCUAGGCAUGAAGUGCAAAAACUGUGAAUCUUAUAACACAGCCCAAGAUGGAAAAUGCCGGCUGUCUUUGGAGGAGCAGUGACCGGGACAGGCGCGGCGUUCGGCUGGAUGAGGAAGGCUCUGCCACAGAAGAGACUGUCUAUUUAAAAAAAAAAAAAAAAAAAACACACUUGUCAGUAAAAAAUUUGUUCCAAGUUGUCAUGGCACCAGUGAAAUGGUUCCAAGGUUUAAUUAAUGCUGGUGCAAAGGGGUUUUGCUGAUUAUGCCCCCUUCCCUAGUACCUGGGGCGUAGCACUGUCAGGCCCUUGAGGAAAUUCCCCGUGGAGCCGUGUGAUGCCAGAUGGUUAGUUUUUAGGGAGAAGGGAGCCCUUUAAAAGAGCUGUUUACUGUGUCAGAGAAGAGACAGCCUACAAGAAGAACUUAAAGAUGCAAAAUAAGAAACGACAAGCAGCUGACACAGCAGAAGAUGUUUUGGGGCAGCUGAAGGUUGUGAGCAUAACAGGAGGUGGAGGUAUAGCUGUUCCGGUUGCAGCUGUUGGGGAAAAUGGGUAGCUCUUGAGAGUGGCCUUUUUAGAUAAAGGUGACAUCCGCAGAGUUUUACGUGAGUACGUUUUGUUCCUUUUAAACGACGUGUUUGUUCUCGGGCCUCGGAGCCAUCGGCACAAGUGGCCGGAGCAGGCGAGCGUGCAGAAACAGCAUCUCUUGGCUGGAUUUGCCGACGUGCAUGGUCGCGUUUACACCCGUUUCUCCCUCGUUUUGCUUUAUUUUCUUAGAAAGGCCGAGGUGUCGUAGGGUUGUAGACUCGUGCGUAGGUUGAUGUUUUGAUGCUGAAGUACACAGAGUGAAGCGCAUCCCCUUGUCUUGUCAGGAUUGACGUCGGGCCGUCUCAUCGGGCUGAGCCAGAGAUGUUUGCUAAAGUAACAGUUCAGAGGCACUCGAGUAGUGCAGGGACCAAUUUUCCAUGGUUUGGGUUGGUUUGUUUUUUUUUUUUUUUAUAGUAUCUAAUUUCACUAUGGGGAGAGAUCAGAAAAUGGAGGAGUGCUUUUUAAAAAAAAAAAAAUCAAAUCUAGUUCUUGUAAUAUCCUGCCCAAGGUGUUCUGCAGUCUAAAUAUUACAGGAAGUUCUUAGUUUCUGAGAAUUUCAGAACAUGCAAAUAGUAUUCAGUAAUGAAAAAUAUUAAAAAAAAAAAAAAAAAAAAAGCCCAGUUGCUCUACACCAUAAAAACUACUUGGUUUUAACUUGUUCUACAGUAAAACAAUAGCUUUUCUUAACCUGACCAUGCCCCUUGCUGUAUGAAAUACGAGGACUCGGACGACAGCGUUACUGUAGCUUGCCUUUACUGGAGUAUCUUCUUCUGAAGCACUUUGCUCACUACUAUAAAUAAAUAUAAAAUAAUGUCUCUAUUAAAGCA